AUGCGAAUUCUGGUUACUGGAGGUACCGGAUUCAUCGGCUCCCACCUAGUCGACAAGUUGAUGGAGAAGGAAAAGAAUGAGGUUAUUGUUGCUGAUAACUACUUUACUGGCUCCAAGGACAAUCUGAAGAAAUGGAUCGGACACCCAAGAUUCGAACUUAUUCGUCACGAUAUUAGCUGGCCGUUGUUUGUUGAGGUCGAUCAGAUAUACCACCUAGCUUGCCCCGCUUCUCCAAUCUUCUACAAAUACAAUUCUGUGAAGACGAUAAAGACGAAUGUGAUGGGUACAUUGAAUAUGUUGGGACUUGCAAAACGCCUCAGAGCAAGGAUUUUAUUUACCUCAACUUCAGAGGUUUACGGGGAUCCACUUGAGCAUCCCCAAAAGGAGACCUAUUGGGGGAAUGUUAACCCCAUUGGAGUUCGGAGCUGCUACGACGAAGGAAAACGAAUGGCGGAAACUUUAAUGUUUGAUUACUACAGGCAAUAUGGCAUCGAGAUUCGGAUUGCUACAAUCUUCAAUACUUAUGGACAGCGCAUGAACAUCGAUGAUGGGCGUGUUGUCAGCAAUUUUAUAGCUCAAGCAAUCCGUAAUGAGCCAUUGACAGUUCAAUUACCGGGAACACAGACAAGGAGCUUCUGUUAUGUCUCGGACUUGGUAGAUGGCCUUAAUCAACUUAUGGAAGGAACGGACGCCGGACCCAUCAAUCUUGGGAAUCCAGGUGAAUUCACGAUGAAGGAACUUGCAAAAGCAGUGCAGGAGCUUAUAAAUCCGGAGGUACAAAUAUCAGAGGUGGAAAACACACUGGAUGAUGCGCGACAAAGGAAGCCAGACAUUACGAAAGCAAAGGAGGUGUUAGGAUGGGAACCGAAGGUGAACUUGCACGAAUGA